AUGCAGCCGCCGAGUCCCGCCACGUCCAUGAGCGACGACGACGCGCUCGUCCUCGAGCGCCAGCGAACCGCCGCGCUGGAGCUGGAAGUCAAGACGCUGCGGUCCUCGCUCGUGGCCCUGGGCGAGUCCACGGAAGCCGAGGAGGAGCGACUGACGAACCGCCUGAUGAAGCGCCUGCACGCCGUCAAGAGCGAGAAGGAGCAGCUGGCGCUCGAGGUCGAGCGCGAAGAGGAGCUGCUGACCAACAACCUGCAGAAGAAGCUCAACCAGCUGCGCAGGGAGAAGGUGGACCUCGAGAACAAGCUCGAGCACGAGCAGGAGUACAUUGUGAACCGGCUCUCGAAGCAGCUGGAAGCGGCGCGCGCGGAAAAGGAGCGACUGCUCGAGGAGCUCCAGCAGGAGAACAACAGCGUGCGCCGCGCGCUCGAGUCGCAGGUGGCCAAGAUCUUGCACGAGAAGGUGCAUCUGGAGAACGAGCUCGAGCAGGAGCAGGAGUUUCUCGUCAACCGCCUGCAGAAACAGCUCUCGGGGCUCAACAGCGAGCGACGCCGCAUGGAGCGGAAACUGGCCAAGGAGAACGUUGCGUUGAUGGACCAGCUGCUGCUGAAGGUGGAGGCGCUGAAGCUCGAGUGUCGAGGCAAUGGCCAUGCGGUUGCCGACGGCGUGAGGGAGAUGCUGGCAAAGGUCAAGGAGCAGCAGAGGAAGAAGGCAGCGGAGGACGCCAAGAGCACGAAGGAUGACAUUAACAUCCACCACUGGGCGGCGGCGUCGGAGCCCAAGGCGCAGCAGUUUACACCGGAGGGGCUUCUGUACCAGCACAUUCGUCGUGGGACCAUGUGA